GCAAAAGUUUAACUUUUUGGAACAUCUGAGUCCUGUUACAUAUGGUGUAAAACUAACACAGCAUUUCAUAAUAAGAACAUCAUCCAGCCAGUCAAAUGUGAUGGUGGUAGUAUGACAGUCUGGAGCUGCUUUGCUGUUUUAGGACCUGGAAGACUUAAUAUCAGCUGAUGGAACCAUGAAAUCUGCAGCAGGUCAACUGUGAAUGGCUAAAAAACCAAAACCAACAACAACAAAAACAGCAUGAAACGUUUGUAGUGCCCUAGUCAAAGUUCAGACUUGAACCCAGUGGACAUGCUGUGGCUUGAUGUAAACAAGCUAUUCAUGUUUGAAACCCUCCAGUGUGGCUUUAUUAACACAAUUCUGUAUCAGAGUGGGCCAAAAUUCUUCCACAGUCAUGUGACACUCUUAUUACCAGUUAUCACAAAUGCUUGAUCGAAGUCCUUGUUGCCAAGGGUAGAACAACUAGUUAUUAGGUUUAGGGUGAAAUAAUCUUUUCACAUAGGGUCAGGUAGAUUUGCAUAGCUUUUUUUUCUCUUAAUUUUUCUUUAAAAAAAUAGCAUUUUGUCAUUUGUCUAAUGUUAAAAUCUGUUUGAUAAUUUGAAACAUUUCAUUGUGGGAAAUACACAAAGGGAAAAAAAAAUCUUGUUAGAGCACUCUACAUGAGUACCACGCAGAGUGCUUUCUUCCAGUGGAUGUAGAUGUCAUGGUGGGGUCAUCUUAUUACUUUUGCCAGCAGAGAAGAGCAGAUAGCUGUCGGCCUCAGCAAUGGCGUGAAUGGCUGCCAGUCAAUGCGUGUGGAGUGUUGGUCCUGCAGCCCUGUGAGAAGAGACCGAGCCCUCCUGAACCAGCCGGCCCAUGACUGUGGACAUGCCUACUGCUCCCUCCUCACUCCAGACACAGCAGGAUGGGGAGACAACAGCGACUCAGGCCAGGGCACCUUCAGCCAGCCCACGGGGAAAGGCACCAACGAGCUAGAGGCACCUCACACGAACCACAGCCUGGAAGACUGUGAGACAGACCCCGAUGACACCUCUGCCUUUGACUAUUCCUCAGUCACCUCAUGUAGCCCUGAUGGCACUCUGCGCAGAGAAAUGACCGGUAGCAACAGCGGGGAGGAUGAAGAGGAAGACAGCCAGGUGCCAGUGCUGUUAAAGCCCUCAUACAGUCAGCAGCAGCAGGUCAAAGAGACACCAAGAGAGAGGACUGUGUGUCUGAGGUGGCAGAUUCCAAGACUGACCCCUCACCCUCCUCUGAGGAACCCAUCAGGACCCCACAUGGACGGGCCAACGCCGUGUCUCGUCAGCUCCUACGGGAAGAGGUUAGUCAGCGUUAGAAAGGGAUCGCCUCCUCUUCACCCGAAAAGUGCCUUCAGGCCAAUCUGGGAUGAUCCGUCAAAGCAGGCUGAUUCAGCCCCAGAGAAAGACAACAGGCAAGGUUUCAUUCCGAUUCAGGCUCCAGCGAGGCAAAACUUUCAGAAUUUCAACCCGAGCAGAGAAAAUUUGAGGACAGGGCUGGCUCAGCAGCGAGUGAACCAUGCAGCAGCAGCCAUGAGCAGUGGAGGAUUGUGGGAUGACAGUGAGGACAGCGAGGGACCGUGCAGCACUGUUUGAUGACUGCCAUUUAAAAAAAUAAACUUUGAAGUUACAUCCAAAACCUGAGCACAAGCAUUUUUCCACAAGGCCUCUAAAGCCGUGAAGUGCAUGAAUGAGCAAUGAGCAAAUAACAAUCAGGGACUGUUUUUGGAUUUGAUGUUAAAUUAAAGCUUGAUUGAGCUCUGCA